AUGAUUGGUGUCGGUUCACUAUGUGCUGCUUGGAUUUCGUAUGGCACCUAUAUCGGUUUAGCUCCGACCAACAACGCUCAGUGGCAAGUCCCGCUUGGUCUGCAAAUUAUCCGGGCCGUCUUUCUUGGGCUUUUAAUCACGUUCUUCCCCGAGUCGCCUCGUUGGUUCAUUGACCAUAGUCAUCAUGAAAAUGACCUGAAGACACUCGCAAAGCUCCAUGGGUAUGGAGAUGAAAACGACCCUUCGGUCCGUGCAGAAUACAACCAGAUCCAAGAGGGUAUUGUAUUGAACACAAGCAUGCAGCAGAGUCUUACACAGAGCUGUUCAUUUCACGGCCGUCAUUUCGCCGUCUGUUUCUCUGUUGCGCAUUGCAAGCUUCUAUACUACUCGGUACAGAUCUAUGGGCAGGUUGGGAUCAGAGGCGAUGGAACCCUGCGGUACCAGGCAGUCAAUUCCAUUAUUGCUUUGGUGGCUCAGUUCUUGUGCAUGGUGUUUAUUGACCGUCUUGGUCGUCGCUGGACCCUAGUUUUCAGGAACGUGGGAAAUGUUGUCAGCUUUAUCGUCACUUGCAUUCUGCUUGGUCAGUUUGCUCCGGAAGUUAACAACACGGGAGCUCACUGGACUUCAUUAUUAUGA